AGAGGCAACACAUGCAACAAGUCCUUAAUAUAAACACAUAAUUGUUGUCUCACACUUAGUUCAUCAAAAGAAAAUAUCCUUGAAUUCUAUUCACACCACUCCCAUGGACUACAACACUAAAACAACAAACCCCACUACCCAAACACGCCUUAAACUAUUUGGCUUCAACGUCCACGAAGACGAAGCCAUGCACGAUCAAGACUCAACAACAACAAAAGCAACUUCUUCUUCAACUUCAACUUCCCCUUCAAGAUCACCGGACUCCUCCGCUGUCGGUGACACUUUCCCACCUUCCUCCGGUGAACGAAAAUACGAGUGCCAAUACUGUUGCAGAGAGUUCGCAAAUUCACAAGCACUUGGUGGUCACCAAAACGCUCACAAAAAAGAACGUCAACAACUCAAACGCGCUCAGUUACAAGCAAACCGAAACGCCGCCGUUUCCUUCGUACGAAACCCUAUCAUCUCCGCCUUCGCUCCUCCGCCGCACCUGUUAGCACCGCCUGGGUCAAUGAUGGUUCCAGCCUCACCAUCCUCUUGGGUAUACGUUCCGCCACGUGCUGCUCCUCCUCCCUUCCACGUGUCAGUAUCACACGGUUGUGUUUUUCCGUCGGCGAAUGGAAACGCCGUUAGUAAUAUGAACGUCACGGGUGUGAAAUCAGUGAUGGGUGCGGGAAUGUUUCCGUGUGUUGGCGUUGUAGGGGAUUCGUCAUCCGCAUUGUCAACGAUGCAGGUACAAAGCCGGGCCCACCAUGUUAGGAUUGAUGGGCCAUCUUUGAGUAGGUUCUCUAAAAGUGAUAGUGGGCCCAAUUUUGAUGAUGCAUUGGGCUUGGACUUGCAUCUUAGUCUUGCCCCAGCUGCCACUCCAACACACGGCUCGGCUCAGCUCCGUUUUUCUGGAUACUCCCCUUAGAAUUAUUAGGGUAGAGGCAUAAUUAUAAUAUAUGGCUGCUUGUACAUUUUCUUCUUUCUUUUUUAGCUUUUUUGAUAAAUUUAUUUCACUUGGUACACAUUCAACAACUUCUCUUUACUUCUUUUCUUUUAUUCAUUAUUAUUAAAAAGAAAAUCCCUUGGUUCAUUUA